AUGGCUAUGGACCUACAGCUCGAAGAAACACCACAACAAUCAAUUGCGCAAACGGCGUUGGCCAUACCAGAGCUCGCGGAAAAUAUCCUGAACCGUUUGCCGGAUGUUCGCGAUCUAAUUUAUGUUCGGGCAACUUCGAAGGCCUUGACGACCAUAGUCGACGGCACACCCAGCAUCCAACGCCAGUUGUGGCAGCUUCCCACGCCAAUCCCAAAUGACGAAGACCCACAUUACCCUAAUUUGCCACAGAUUAUGUCCACGUAUCCCAUCACGCUAAGCUACCAGGAGGUGGAAUGGGCUCUAGAGGCGAGUCGUCGCAUGGAAUGGGAUGUGUAUGACGCAAUUGAGGCAGGCGAAGAUGAGGUGACCGCUGCCGCGGUGCGAGAUCAGCAAUGGCAAAGUCUGUGGUAUUCGUUCGAGAAACCUAACUAUACGUUUCACCUCGAUACUAUCCUCGAGCAGACACCUCAGCAACAAGCGUUCAAGUGCAACAGUUGCCAGCGUAUUCACCCUCCAUACGCUGCCUCGGGCUUACAUCCAGCUCUCCGCUUCCUACACAACCACGAAAUAUGCGGUCACGGCUAUGGUUCGGAACUGCUCUUUCGUUUCGCUCUUAUGAAUCUCGGGCGUGCAGACUACCGGAUGGGGCCUGCAUUGGACGAAAACCUGGGUCGCAUGUGUGGUCGCAAAAAAUUGUAUAUUCUAGCGUUGUUUGCUAGGGCUGUGGGCAACGCUUACGAAACCGCAAAGCAACGCGGUAUUCUUCAACAUUAUUUCAUGGCGCCCGUGUGCACGAGGCUCAUUCUGACUUGCGUCGAAGGUUCAGACCCCGUGGAUCUGGGGAAUAUGAUUGUUCGCGAUCAAGAUGGCAUCAAGUUGGGGCAAGUGCUACGCGCUCUUCUGCGAUUUUGUGACAUGACCUUUACGCGCGGUCGCGCUGAGGUGCUGACUGUCAACGAGGCCUAUGUCACCGGUGGAAUUUAUGCUGAGACAUGGAAGGAGGACAAGGCCUAUAUCGCCCGGCUGUACGAUGAGGCACAGGAGGAGUUAUCCUGCUUGCAGGAAGGUUAUUUGGAUGAAGAUCAAGCAGCUCGUGGUUGA